UGUGAAGUUUAUAGUGCGUCCGGUGUCUCGUUUAACCAGUGUCAUAGAACACCAAACCGCCAGUGUCAACUACGUCAGUCAAGUCAGAUUGGUUGUACCGUGAUUGACUUUGUUUUCGUUUGGUCCUGGUCGUCGUUUGUGACCGCGACAUCAAUUGGAAAUUGUCGAUUGUGAUUGAUUGAUAACGAAGGAUUGUUGAAUAAGGUGGUGGAUAAUUGACAGUACGCUUAAUUCACCGAGUUAGUGCCCGUGUACGGUUUGUGGAAUUCCUUGGUUUUUUGAGUGGUGAAAUGUUCGUUCGCACGUAUCCUUAAGGUGUAUUUACGGUUAUCCGUUGAUAAAUCGGUCGGUUAAUUGGGGCAGUGAUUUGAUUUGAUUAUGCGCUGAUGGAAUACAUCUAUUGCUGUAUAUCCCCCUCGUCGAAUAGACCAUUGCCAGUGCUCCUCAGGGAUAAUUCACAUAAAUUAUAAUGUCGGGCAGUCAUAUGAAUAAGGAACCUGAACACAAGUCGCCAAGGGAGAGUGGCGAGGAUUCGGAGGACGAGAGCGAGAUCCUCGAGGAGAGUCCGUGCGGACGAUGGUUGAAACGUCGCGAAGAGGUGGAACAAAGAGAUGUGCCGGGUAUCGAUUGCGCUUACCUCGCGAUGGACACGGAAGAGGGUGUCGAGGUGGUGUGGAACGAGGUUCAAUUUUCCGAGCGGAAGAAUUUCAAAGCGCAGGAGGAGAAGAUACAGCUCGUGUUCGAGAACCUCACCCAACUGGAGCAUCCCAACAUCGUUAAGUUCCAUCGCUAUUGGACUGACACCCACAAUGACAAACCUCGCGUAAUCUUCAUCACUGAAUACAUGUCUUCUGGAUCGCUGAAGCAGUUUCUGAAGCGGACGAAACGGAACGUGAAGAAACUUUCGCUGCAGUCGUGGAGGAGGUGGUGCACGCAAAUUCUCUCCGCUUUAAGCUACUUGCAUUCCUGCUCGCCACCGAUCGUCCACGGCAAUCUGACCUGUGAUACCAUAUUUAUACAGCACAAUGGCCUCGUCAAGAUCGGCUCAGUGGCUCCCGAUUCCAUAAACCAUCACGUAAAAACAUGCCAGGAUGAUUUCAAAAAUAUGCAUUUCAUUGCCCCUGAGCAUCCUUCCCACAACGGCCCACCGAUCGACAUCUACUCGUUCGGCAUGUGCGCACUGGAGAUGGCCGCCCUCGAGAUCGUCGGCAACGGUGACUCCGGCACCAAGGUGACCGACGAGAACAUCAGGAAGACGAUAGAGUCGCUGGACGACGAGCAGCAGAAGGACUUCAUCCAGAAGUGUCUGCAACCUAGGCCGGAGGACAGGCCGACGGCGAAGGAGCUCCUGUUCCAUAAACUCCUGUUUGAGGUGCACAGCCUCAAGUUGUUGGCUGCACACGUGUUAGUCAGGAAGACAGCAAACAUAUCCGAGACCAUCACCGACGAGCUGAUGCAGCGGUGGUACGGACCCGAUGUCACGGUGGCCGAGAUCAAACGGGGGAGCGGCGAAUCGGUCCAGAUGCGGAUGGCCGACGUGCCCGUCAAUGAGAAGCUGGAGAAGUUCGUGGAAGACGUCAAAAACGGAAUCUAUCCAUUAACGGCCUUCGGCGCCAAGCAACCCCCUCCAGCCCGAUCCCGAGCGAUAUCACCGGAAAUGGCGGAGUCUGUGAAGUCCGUAACACCGGAACCCCUCGAUGUAGAAACUAGGAAAAUAAUUAAUAUGAUGUGUGAUGUAAAGUCCAAAGAAGAAAGCUGUGAUUUAAUGUUGACUAUUGUACUUAGGAUGGAUGACAAAAUGAAUAGACAAUUAACAAGUAGCAUAUCGGCCGGAGACAACCCCAAGGAACUGGCGCAAGAACUUGUCCACUACGGUUUUAUCAAUGAGAUCGACCGUGACAAGAUAGCGAGCCUGAUCGAGGAGGCGCUCCAGAACGCGUCGGGCCACAACAGUCCGACGCACAGUUUCCAAAUGGCGUUGUCGGCGGCCGCGGCCGUCGCCUCCGAUCCCGCCGUGACCGCCGCCGCCACUCAACAUCCGUCGGUGGUACAGCCCCACACCGCCGCCACCCACCUCGUCAACUCGGUGUCGUCGCUGAGCUUGAACCCCACUCAAGUGCCGAUGCACACGACUAGUUAGUAAUUAGAGAGGAACCAAACUGCCAAUGCACAUUCAAUUAGUUAGUCCUAGUGAUAUGGUACCGCUGAUGGAUAAAACAACUUGAAAAUAAAAUUAACUAUAUGGUAAUUACACACAACACACACAGACAGUGUCUACGAAUGUUGAUAAAUUAUUGAUAACAAUAGACUAUUUUCCCAAUUUUUUGCGUAUGUUAGGGUUACUUAGAACGAAAUGCAGGGUUAAACAAAUGGGAGAGAUUGAUGUUCGGAAUGUUGUAUUUAAGCGCGUUCUUCUAGACUAGCCGAUCUAUUAUCAAAAUUUCUCCCCCAAUUAAUUAUUACAUAGAACAUCACGAGCAACGCAUCCAGUCAAAAUCCGGCUUCCGUCUCUAGUUCUAGCAUUCAUCAAGUUGAAUAUAACAUUUUAACAUCACCAAUCUCACCUAAACAUUUGAUAAAACAAAAAAAAAACGAUAGUUAGGAUUUCUAAAAAGAAGAUAUUUAGCUAAAAAAUUUACAAUUUAAUCCAAUUAAUUAAUAUAGAUGAAUGCCUGCAUUUUUUCAAAACAAAAAACUAAACUAAAUAAGAGGAAACAUUAAGCUUGCAGCUUCUCUAGACACUUGAACGUUGGGGGGGUUAGUCUGAAGGGGGUCGAGGGGUGCGCGCGCAUCUCCGGUGCGUCUCGACAGAGCUGAAUCUCAUUUAAGUUGCUGCUGCGUGGUUUUGAUGCGCGCGCCGCCCGCCGCACCGCCUCCGAGAGAACACGGGAGUCUGGAUUGUUUUUCGGUAGGCUUUAGAUUUCGUGCACGCAAUUUUGACCUGCAUCAUUGUUGUACGGUAGAAUGCGUGUAUUUGGUUAGAUUGAUGAAGACUGUUUUAAUGCUGGACAUUUCCGCUAGUCAUGUGACCAUGUGUUAUACUGUGAUCAAGCUCCAAUGACAUACACUGGACUGUUUAUUAUUAAGUUUCAUAAUAUAUGUGAUCUUAUAAUUGUAAAGAUAAGUGAGCGCCUGCUGUUUUCGGCCGCGGACAAUUUACCAAUCGGAACGUGCCCGAUCGAUAUUUGCCUUGUAUGUUUAUUUUUGUGUAUUAUUUGUAUUAUUAUGUUGUUUGGUUGUCCUCGAUUUUUUGGUAAAUUGUCCGGUAACGAAUGAAUUAGCUUCCUUUUAUAAAUAGAAUACUCGUUGCAAAUGUUUUCUUAUUUGCCCCUUGAGACUGAUAUAUUAUUAAAUUAAGCUUAGAUGGUAGUCUUUAUCAGGGCAGGACCAAAAUUGAAGAUUUAAACGGAUGUGUGUGGAGGGGGACACUCUAACUCGCAAACUCAUUUGAUUUAGAAUUUUUGUUGGAUGAAUUUUUUCAAUUUUGCAAUUGGAAGUGGCUGUUUUAGGAAUUGGUGCAAUUAAAUUGUCUUGAAAUGAACUGUUUCAUUUCGGAAUCCCGUAUACGAUUGUUGAACAUUGUUAAAAAUUCAGUUUUUUUUUGUUAAGGCCGAUUUAAGGAAAUUAAUUUCUUGGUUUAUAUAAUUUUAAAGCAAGUGAGUUUGUUCAUUUUAUUGAGGAGUUGUGAACUAAUAAUUCAAUGUCUUAAACUAGGUAUUUUUUGUAAAUAUAAAUAUAUUUUUUAUUAAUAAUUUAGUUAAAAACAUUAUUGUACUAUUACAUUUAAAUGACAUUGUUUUUAUAAACAUACAUAUAAGAGAUAUAAAAAAUUGUUAGGACUUGUUCAAAUUUUAAAUUUUAAUGUUAUGAAAUGUCAUUUGAAGUGGGCAGCAAAUUAUGUUCACAACCCCUCACAUAAAUAUUCAGAAUUCUCAUAUAAAACAGGAAAGAUAUUUAUUAGAACAACAUGCAUUAACCUAUUUAUUUUCUUUUUAGUAUUUAAGCCUGAUUUAAAUAUGAAGGAAGAAUAAUGUUGAAUAAUUAUAAAUAAUUGUAAAUAUAUUAUGUAUAACUUGUACGAGAAAUGUAGAUAUUGAAUUUUUUAUUGAAAAAUAUAGAAAUAAGUAUAUUAAUUUAUUGUAUCAUUAAUUUCAUAAAAAUGGAAGAACUCUGUUAGAGGUCCCGUGUGAUAAUUCGCUCAAAAAGUAGAAAAAGUUUGGCUGGAGACUAACCCACUGUAGUUUUGUUAUUACUAUUUUGUUCGACAGUUUUGUCCCGAAGUUUCUUAGGAUACAUAUUUUCGCUUCUCAAUUUAUAAUCUUGUAAACGCAAUACAAUGUAUCGUUCUUCCGUUUGUGAAUGAAACAGCCAGAGUUUUUAACACCUAAUGAGAUAAAGUUUAAGCACCACAUGUAACCACACGUUAUGUUACAGAUUUAUAUUUUUGUAUUUGUUACUGUAAUAUACGAGAAAUGUAAGAUAGAUUACGCAACUCUGACUGUUUAUUCAAUCACCUUUUUGCUCAUAUUGAGUAAACAUAAAAAUAUACAUAAAUGUCGCAGACAGUUUGAUCUAUUUGAGUGUUUAAAAGUCGAUAUAUAUUUUGGUUCAUGUGAUUGGGAUUGACACCUGUCAGAAAGUUUUGGAUCAACUAUGAUAAUUUCUAAAUACCAGAUAGAUUUGACUGAGGAGAAAGGUAAAGACUUUGCAUUUAUUGAGCUUUUCGCCAAACACUAUGCUGUCCUGGAGUGUAAUAUGCAAUGGAAAAUAUACCACUUCUGUAUACAUGUACUGUUUCUUGCUGUACUGUGAUAAGCACAUGUAAGAGACUAGUGGUAUAAUGAAGUGGUUUAUCAACAUUGAUUUAUUUAGUUAUUAUUUAAGUUCUUGUUUGUAUUUGUAUUAUAGUACACCACAGGCUGUUUACUGUAUACCUAAUUUAAAUAAAUAUGCAAUAUGGCCAAUCA